AUGUCGGAUUUAGUCAGAGAUCAACGCGUUUUGCCGGAUAUUUCGAAACCCAAAUGGGAUCAAUCAACGUAUGAAGGUAGGGUGUUUUGGGGUUGGUUUUUGGCUGAAAAUGAUCAAAAAUCAUGAAAAAUCACCCAAUUUUCAUAUUUUCGGUUGAAAAUGUGCGAAAUUAAUGAAUUUUAGCUCAUUUUUCAUCAAAAAUCGUGAUUUUUUGCUGAAAAUUAGUGGAAAAUGAUAAGAAUAACUUUAUUUCCUCUUCAAAACUCAAAAAUAUCUAAUAAUAAUCUUGAGUUGUGGUUUGAGUGCCUGGCCAAGGUUUUGAACAAUCCCCGUAAUUAUCACAAUAAAGACCUUCUGCACAGUCUGUUGUAAAAGAACAUGCCAAAGCGAUUUGAAUGAUUAAGAAGAUUUUGAGCGAAAAAAACAACAUUUUCAGAUGUGUUGAUUGAAAAAUCGUGUUUUUUGACGAAUUUUGGAUGUGAAAAUGUCUAGACAUCAUAAAUUUUUUUGAUUUUAUCCUAUUUUAUCGAUUUUUGGCUUAUUUUUCAUGAUUUCUCACGAAUUUUAAUGUCUAAAUGAUUUAUGACCGAGUUUUCAUGGCCUAGAACACCAAUAGGUGAAGAACUAGUCCCUGGUUCAUUUUCCAACAAAAAUCAUGAUUUUUUAUCGCCUAGAGCUACAAAUUGGUGAAAAACUAGUCCCUGACUCAAUUUUCAUCGAAAAAAACAUGAUUUUUGAUGGUCUAGAGCUAAAAAUUGGUGAAAAUCUAGUCCCCAUGUUAUUUUUCACGAUUUUUGGCUCAUUCCCCAUCAAAAAACAUGGUUUUUGAUGGCCUAGAACUCCAAAUAGGUGAAAAACUAGUCCCUGACUCAAUUUUCACGAUUUUUGGCUCAUUUUUUAGCUGAAAAACUAGUCCCUCGGUCAAUUUUCAUCAAAAAACAUGAUUUUUGGUGGCCUAGAACUCCAAUAAGGUGAAAAACUAGUCCCUCGGUCAAUUUUCAUCAAAAAUCACUAUUUUUGGUGGCCUAGAACACCAAAUUGGUGAAAAACUAGUCCCUCGGUCAAUUUUCAUCAAAAAUCACUAUUUUUGGUGGCCUAGAACACCAAAUUGGUGAAAAACUAGUCCCUCGGUCAAUUUUCAUCAAAAAACAUGAUUUUUGGUGGCCUAGAACUCCAAUAAGGUGAAAAACUAGUCCCUCGGUCAAUUUUCAUCAAAAAUCACUAUUUUUGGUGGCCUAGAACACCAAAUUGGUGAAAAACUAGUCCCUCGGUCAAUUUUCAUCAAAAAUCAUGAUUUUUGGUGGUCUAGAACUCCAAAUAGGUGAAAAUUAGUCACCAUGUUAUUUUUCACGAUUUUCAGCUGAUUUUCCAUCAAAAAUCAUGAUUUUCGAUGGCCUACAACUCCAAAUGGGUGAAAAACUAGUCCCCGGGGUCAAUUUUCACGAUUUUUAGCUCAUUUUCCAUCAAAAAUCAUGAUUUUUUCACAUUCCAGGCCGUGCUCGUCACUUUUUCGCCUCCGCCAACCCGCUCACCCUUUUUGCCUCACAUCGUCGUCAAGAAGAAGCUCGUCAAAUCGUCGUCGACUACAAAAACGGCAAAUUCCCCGCAAAUCUCACUGUCAAACAACUGUGGGAUGCUAAAAUCCUCUACGAUUCGACAUUUCAUCCGGAUUCGGGCGAGAAAAUGUUUGUGAUUGGCAGAAUGUCGGCACAAAUGCCCGGAAAUAUGGUGACGACCGGAUUUUUGCUGGGAUUGUAUAGAACGACCGGUGGAGCGCUUUUUAGUCAUUGGUUUAAUCAGGUAUGCGUUUUUGGGCUGGAAUUUGGGCUGAAAAUAUGAAAUUUUGGCUGAAAAUCAUGGUUUUUAGGUGAAAAAUCGCGUUUUUCAACCCUAGAAACUUCAAACUAGCAAACUAGACUCUAGUUUGUCCAAAAAUCCCGACUUUUCAUUGAAACUAGACUCUAGUUUUGCUCAGGUUUUGAAAAAUCAAAAUGCUUUGAUCAAGACUAGACUCUAGUUUUACCUCAAAAAAUACCCGUAAACUAGAAUCUAGUUUGAUCAUAAAUACAAGACUGAUCAGUGCCAAAACUUGACUUUAGUUUACUCUCAAACAUCCUUCUAAACUAGACUCUAGUUAUACCCAAAAAACAAAACAGUUCUCAUCACAAACUAGACUCUAGUUUGACCUCAAAAAUAUUCAUAAACUACACUCUAGUUUGACCUCAAAAAUCCCCGUAAACUGGACUCUAGUUUGACCAUAAAUACAAGCCAGAUUACUGCCAAAACUAGACUCUAGUUUACUCUCGAGUAUCCCCAUAAACUAGACUCUAGUUUGACCCCAAAAACAAGGUAUAUUUCAGCCCUCAAAAUCCUCAUUUUUCAAUUCAAAGAAGCCCCGAAUUUUCAUCAAAACUAGAGUCUAGUAUUUCCCAAACUAGACUCUAGUUUCCGCCCUCAAACUAGACUCUAGUUUCCGCCCUCAAACUAGACUCUAGUUUGACCCUAAAACAAAGUAUAUCGCAGCCCUCAAAAUCCUCAUUUUUCAACCCGAAUUUUCAUCAAAACUAGAGUCUAGUGUUUCCUAAACUAGACUCUAGUCUCUCGCCUCAAACUAGACUUUAUUUCUCGCAGAGUUUCAACGCCAUCGUCAACUACACAAAUCGGAGUGGCAACAAUCAUGCGACCAAUGAGCGUCUCCUGGUUUCUUACUGUUGUGCAACAGGCGGUGCAAUGGCCGCAGCGCUUACGCUCAACAAAAUGGUCAAGGUACGGUAGUUUUUGGCGCGCGCGCGCGAAAAUCUCGAAAUUCAAAUUUUUCUUCAGAACGCUCAUGGCCUUGCUGCUCGAUUGGUUCCAUUUGUUGCUAUCGCUCUAGCCAACGCUAUAAAUAUUCCAAUGAUGAGAUCAAAGUACGGUACUCCCCUACAGUACCCCAUAGCUACAGUACCCCACCCCGAUUUUUCCAGCGAAAUCACGGAUGGCAUCGAAUUGACUGAUGCCGAUGGGAAUUUGGUGGCGAAAUCGAGAAGUUUGGCGAUUUUGUCGAUUGCUCAGGUUACAUUGAGUCGUAUUGCUAUGGCGACACCGUAUAUGGGUAAGGAUUGCUCAGGUUAAAAAAUCUAGCAUUGCUCAUGUUAGGGAGAAAAGACGGCAUGAGGAAUUGAACUGGGACCUUUUGAUUGAUAGGCAUGUCUUUAACCCAUUGAGCUACAUGAAUUCAGGAAAAAUAGCAUUGCUCAGGUUAAGAAAAUUUUAAAACUUGAAAAAAAUUAGCAUUGCUCAUAUUAGCAAAGUUCAAGAAAAUAUGGCAUUGCUCAUGUUAACAAAAAUUCCAGAAGAAAACCAUGGCAUUGCUCAGGUUAACAAAAAUUAUUCGAGAAAAUAUGGCAUUGCUCAUGUUAACCAAAAUUUUCGGAAGAAUUUGCAUUGCUCAUAUUAAGAAAAUUUUAAAACUUGAAAAAAUUAGCAUUGCUCAGGUUAACGAAAAAUUCUAGAAGAAAACUAUGGCAUUGCUCAUUUUAAUACAAAAAUUUGAUCCAAAAUUAAGAAAAAACAUUGCUCAUAUUAGCAAAAAUUCAAAAAAUCAUCAAAUUUGCUCCCAUUUCUGGCUCAGCUGGUUAGAGGUUGAACUAUUGAUCAAAAGGUCGCGGGUUCGAUCCCCACCCGGAACUUUUUAUUUUUUUUUUUCAAAUUUUACAUGUUUCCCGGGUAGAAUUUUACCAGGAAUUCGAAUUCGUCACUAAUUUUCCCUGAAAUUUGAAAUUUCACCCGGUUUUCUUCCAGUCGCCACCCCAAUCAUCAUGAAUCGUAUCACAAGAACCGCCUUCUACAAAUCGCGUCCCCUAAUGCAAAAAUAUUCGGAAAUCCCCCUUCAAAGUCUUCUCGCCGGAGCCAUGCUCUUCUUCACAACUCCAUUGUGUUGUGCACUUUUCCCGCAGAAAAGUUCGAUUGAGGUACGGUAGAGCUCGGCGAGCUGAUCAAAAUGAGCCUAAAAUUGGCUCCAGAGCUCCACGGAGAGCUGAGAAAUGCGUUGGCGAGAUGGCGCAGGUGGUAAGUGCCUACAUCGCUGAGUUUGGGGUCGCGGGUUCGAGCCCACCCUGGAACUAUUCAAAAAAAAAAUUUUUUUUAGUUUCCGGGUGGACUCGAACCCACGGCCUUCAACUCAGAGACCUAUGCACUUACCGCCUGCACCAUUCACUCUGAAGCUUUUGAGUUGAUUUUUAGAGCAUUUUGAUCAGUGUGAGCUCAAAAAUGCUCCAAAAUUAUUGAUUUUUUUCCAGGUAUCAAAAUUGGAGCCAGAAAUUCAGCAGAAAAUUCGAGAAAAUUCCAAAAAUCCGCCAAACAUUGUGUAUUAUAAUAAGGGAUUGUGA